AUGGGAAGCUCACGAGAGAAGCACGCGACGUCGCCGAAUGACAGUUACCAGAGAUCCAUGCGAUACAUCUUCAAGCCGACCAGCUGGAUCUUCGGCUCAAUCGGCAUCUGGCCGGUCGCGAUUCGAGGACUUGGUCAGAAUGCGUUCAAGAUCUCGAUCGUGGUGUGCAAUUUCGCAUUGUUAUUCGCGAUAGUACCCUGCGCUCUGUACGUGACCUACGACGUGAAGGACAUUAACAUAAAGCUGAAGCUUUCCGGGCUGCUCGGCUUCUGCUCCUCCGCAAUGAUGAAGUACCUCGUGCUCGUGAUACGCCGGCCCAAAAUAUUGCGUUGCAUCGAGCACGUGAAAAGUGACUGGUGGCAGGUGAAGUUUAGUUCCGACCGCGAUCUGAUGCUGAAGUACGCCAGCACCGGUCGCAGAUUGUCCAUAAUCAGCGCUACGUCCAUGUACAUCGCCGGCUUUAUCUAUCACACGAUUCUGCCGUUUUGCACCGAGCACAAAGUCAACAAUCAGACCGUCAGGCCGCUCGUGUACCCGACUUACAGCAAGUUUCAUCAAACUCAGAUAAGUCCGAUAUACGAGCUCGUGUAUCUGGCCCACUGCGUGUGCGGAUACACCAUGUACUCGGUCACGGCUGGAUCGUGCGGACUGGCGGCGAUAUUCGUUACCCACGCGUGCGGUCAGAUUGAGGUGAUCGCAUCCCGAUUGAAGGAUCUCCCGCGAGGCAAAAAAUUCGGACAGUCGUCGGAUGUCAAUCAACGAGUUGCUUCUAUUGUAAAACAUCACGUUCGUGUAUUGAGAUUUUCAGCAGCCGUGGAAGACAUUUUGCAGGAAGUAUGUUUACUGGAAUUUGCCAGUUCUGUGUUCACAAUGUGCUUGCCCGAAUACUACUGCAUAGUGGAUUGGCAAGAUAGUGACUCCGUUGGACUGACGACCUAUUUUCUGCUCUUUGUUUCAUUCUGCUUCAACAUGUACAUAUUAUGUUAUAUCGGCGAGCUUCUCAUGGAAAAGAGCAGCUACAUUGGAUCGAUAUGUUUUAUGAUCGAUUGGUAUCAGCUGCCGGCAAAGACAGUUCGCAGUCUGGUUUUAGUGAUUGCCAUGUCCAGUCAUCCCAUAAAGAUCAGCGUUGGCAGAAUGAUAAAUUUAUCACUAGCGACUUUUGGAAGUGUGCUCAAAACGAGUUUUGCAUAUCUAAGCUUCCUACGGACGUUAGUAAUGUGA